AUGAUCCCCGACGGGGACGGGCGGCCGUGCGCGGUGUCCCCCUGGCUGCGCUCUUCCCGAGGCCUUGGCGCCCGCGCCCUGUCCUCAUCGGCCCCGGAGGCGGCUCCACGAGCCUUGUGCGCGUUUCUCCCAGUGGCCCGAGGUCACCCGACCCAGUGCAGGUGUCGGUUCCGGCUGAGCUCCCGGGUCUGCUCUCGGGAUCCGAUGGCGGCCGCGGCGCUGAUGCACCAGGCUGCGGGCUGUGUGACCUUCGAGGACGUGUUCGUGCACUUCUCCCGGGAGGAGUGGGGGCUCCUGGAUGAAGCUCAGAGACGCCUGUACCGUGACGUGAUGCUGGAGAGCUUUGCACUUGUGUCCUCACUGGAUUGCUGGCGUGAUGCCAACCAGGAGGCGCCCCCUUCUGAGCAGAGCGCUUCUGCAGAAGUGUCACAGGUCGGGACUUCCGAGCCAGGUCCGUUUAUCCAGAAAGCCCACCCCUGUGAGGUGUGUGGCACACUCCUGGAAGACGUUUUGCCCCUGGCUGAACACCAGAGGUCAAAGCCCACGCAGAAAGCUUACACAUGUGACCCGUGUGAGAGAGGAUUAUUGUGCGGUGCAAAGUGUGCCCAGGACCAGAAGCAACACGAUGGAGAGAACCCCGUCAGUGGGGACGAUGGUGGGGCCUCGUCUGUGAAGAGCUGUGCCGUCCACACAAAUUUCACACCGGGAAAAAGGCAUUAUACACGCAGCGAAUGUGGCAAGGCCUUCAGCCGCAAGGACACACUUGUUCAGCACCGGAGAGUCCACACUGGGGAAAGGUCUUAUGACUGCAGCGAGUGUGGGGAAGCCUACAGCAGGCGCGCCCACCUUGUCCAGCACCUGAGGAUCCACACCGGACAGAGGCCUUCCAAGUGCGGCCUGACGAGUGUAGAGUGUGGGAAAUCCUUUAGCCACAGCUCCAACCUUACUGUGCACCAGAGAAUCCAUACUGGAGCAAAGCCUUAUGCAUGCAGCGAAUGUGGGAAAUGCUUCAGCCACAGCUCCAGCCUCAUCCUACACCAGAGAGUUCACACCGGAGCAAGGCCCUACGUGUGCAGUGAGUGUGGAAAAGCCUAUAUUAGCAGCUCCCACCUUGUUCAACACAAGAGAGUGCACACAGGUGCCAGGCCUUCUGAGUGCAGCGAAUGUGGGAAAUUCUUUAGUCGCAACUCUAGCCUCAUCCUACACCAGAGGGUUCACACUGGAGAAAAGCCUCGUGUGUGCGGCGAGCGUGGGAAAGCCUACAGCAGGAGCUCCCAUCUGGUUCGGCACCGGAAAGUUCACAGUGGAGAAAGGCCUCAUGAUCGCAGCAGUUUUGGUGGCCCUUUGGCUGCAUCUCUUAAACUUGUUUAGCACCAGAAAGUUCACACUAGAGAAAGGCCUUAUGGAUGAAGAAAAUGUGCUGAAUCCUUGUUCCACCUCAGGACGCACAGCAGAGGAGCGCUCUGAGUACCUGUGGUACUGAGGGAGCCAUCAGCCUGCAGGUGAACCUUUGUGCACCCAGCCUGGGG